UUGACUCUUAGAGACAGUGACGAGGUAGCUGUUAUUCCACCAAUAAGUGGUGGAUAAUACACCACUCCCAAGUCUCCAUAGAUAGAAGAAUAUAGAAUGGACUUUAUAGAGAUAACAGAAAAGAAACUUGAUGUCAACAAUAUAUCACAGAUGGUCACAGACCCAAGUUGUGGUGCUAUAUCUAUAUUUGUGGGAAUUACAAGGGACAACUUUGAUGGGAAAAAGGUACUGAGACUAGAAUACGAAGCUUAUAAACCAAUGGCAGAGAAGAAAAUGAAAGAAAUCUGUGAUGCUGUUCGAAAAAAGUGGCAGAUACACAAAACAGCAAUGAUUCACAGAAUUAAUGUGGUUCCUAUCUCUGAGGCCAGCAUUGUCAUUGCUGUAUCGUCUCCACAUAGGAAGGACUCGCUACAGGCUGUGGAGUAUGCCAUUGACACACUGAAGGCCACGGUGCCCAUUUGGAAAAAGGAAAUUUAUGCAGAUGAGUCAUCUAGCUGGAAGGAAAACAAGGAGUGUCCUUGGAGUAAAAAGUAACAUUCCUUAUACUGAUCACUAAAACUUGUAUUAUUAAAAGUGAAUGAAUUUCUAUGAAUCUGAUGAUUUUUCAUCAAGAAAACUAGUGUAUUCUAUGGCAUUUUCAACAAUCCAGAUUUAAUCCAGAGUGUAGACUGUCCAUUAUAUUGUUUUUUUUUAUUAUCUUGCCUUCUCAGAUGUUAUAUUACAAUAAUGCAUUUUAUAAUUUAGUGUAAAGAAAUGUAAUAUACAUUUAUUGACAUUUGCAACAUAUUUUUUAACUUUAUUUUCUUAUUCCCUGCACAAUUGUUCCUUGUUAAAAAAAGACUGUUCCUUGUUAUUGAAGGACCUGUGUGCAACUUUUAUCAUGUGUAAAUGCUAUACACCUUACCUAGAACACAUUUUGAGGAAAAACCAACUGAAAUUAUAUAUUUGGUAAUUUUUGUAUGUUUUGAAUGAUGUAGGGAUUUUUAUCAUUUGAUAUCUAUUCAAAACCCCUGAUAAGGUAUGUUGAUUUUUGGUCAAAGAACAUCUGAUGGUACUAUGAUUUUUAAUUAAGAAUAUCUUGAAGAAUAAGGUAUGUUGUAAGGUACAUUGUGUAUGACCUUAACAAUACAUAUUUAAAAGACUUCAAUAGUGCUAUAUAAACUGUAAAUGAUGCAGUAUGCAUACAUGUAUCCAUUCCAAAGAAUUCAAUAAAGAUAUUUGUAACUGAU